UGAGGGUGUUGUAUUGCCAAUCUAACCUAUUAUUAAAUCCUCUCACAGAAACCCUUGCUCAUAAUAUAUUAUAAUAUUUCACAACCUUAAUCUAAACUAAACCAAACUUACAACACCUUACACGGUAAAUGGCGGCGAGUCGGUAGAGGUGUGGUGUAGGUCGUAGUUCUUAAUUGAGGUAUAUAUACUGGUGCUGUUUUAGUUGGAAGAUUAUUUAGUAGAGUAAAAGUAAAAGUUAAACAUCAUUGUAGCGCAAUGAGUGAUACCACGGCUUCCGAAGAUGAUGCCUCAAUUGAUAAAAAUGAAAUUGAAAAGCUAGGAGGCAAAUCUGGCGUCAUAUUUUUGAUCGACUGCAGACCAUCUAUGUUUUCUGAAUCGGUUAUCAAUUCAGAAAAUGUUAAAAUAACUAAAUUCAUAGCCGCGCUGCAGAACAGGUCUGCUGAAUAAGAUGGCUCCUCAGCAGCAGGACCUGAUUGGUUUGGUCUUGUUUGGAACUGCCAAAUGCAAUCCCAAAGAUAAACUGAAAAAUAUUUCACGUCCUCUGGAUCUUGCCCACCCAAAUGUGGAAUAUGUAAAGCAGAUUGAUUUGAUUAUGAGUGAUACAAAUGCUGCAUCACUACAGCGACCUUACAGUUCAUCAGAACACUGUUCCCUUGCAGAUGCUCUUUGGUAUUGCAGCUCCUUGUUUUCUCAAAGUGGAAGUAACUUUGAAGCAAAAAUAAUCCUGUUAUUUACGGAUGACAGUGAUCCUCACUCUACAGAUACCGAUCAAGCACACAAGGCACGAAAGAGAGCCAAAGAUUUGAAUCAACUGAACAUUUCACUUGAGUUGCUCCCAAUGGGGACCAAUUUUGAUUACUCAACAUUUUAUAAGGAGCUUGUGGAGAUUGUGAAUGGCUUCUCUGACACAGAAGUUGAUGUAACAUCGAAGCUGGAAGAACUCCUUGUACGAGUUAAGAGGUUGGAAUUCAGAACUAGACGCCAUGCCAAGUUGAAGUGGAAUUUGGGAAUGGGAGUUUCUGUAGGAGUCUCUCUGUACACAUUUUAUAGAGAGGCCAGUAUACUACCUAAGGAGCCUUUGUAUCGAGCUACGAAUGAGCCGGUUAGAAGUGUGAAACAAUCUCAUGAUCAGGCGACUGGACAGCUACUGUUGCCCUCCGAUGUUGUGAACUAUCUAACCGUAGCGGGAAAGGAUAUUGUCUUUACCAGUGAAGAAAAAGAAAUGAUGUAUAAGUUUGAAGAGCCUGAACUAACUUUGUUGGGUUUUGAGCCACUUACCUCUGCCAAGGAAGAUUUGCAUUUUGGCCCGUCUUCUUUUGCAUAUGCGGAAGAAACUUUGAUCAAAGGAAGCAAUGACCUUAUGGAAGGUCUGGUGAUGCAAGGUAUCGCCAAACAGAAGGUGGCACUGUGCCGCAUGACCUCACGAUACAGAGCCGCCACAAAAUAUGUGUACCUUUUUCCCCGUGAUGAGACGUUUGACAGUGCUGGAAACCUGCAAACUUCUCUUGGCUUUCAUGUGAUUCCUGUGCCAUAUUACAAUGAUGCCAGAGAACAAAAGUUUGGUGAAAAAUCACCUGAGGUUACGAGUUGUAAGGUUUAUCAAACACUUCCAGAUAAAGCCGCCCAGACAGAAAGAUUGGGUCCAUUAAACAAAGAGUUCAACAACGCUUGCUCACUGAAUGGGGAAGACAUCUCGACCUGCCCUGCGUCCAUACGACCUGCUCCAGACACAUCUGGUAGCCCAGCCAAGAAGGCCAAGAAGCCACUCCCCACAGAAGACCUGAUACAACAAAUUAAAUCUGCCAUACCCAAGAGAGAGGUAGACAGAUUUACUGUUGCUCAAAUCAAGGAGUUCCUUACCUAUCAUAAAAAAAAAAUGUGA